UAUUUGUUAUAUUUUUAAGGUUGGUAUAAUAUUUGUCCACCAUUGUUAAUUUUUAAGAACACUUGUGUAAACAUUCUUAAUAGAUGGGUAUUGGGAAAAAAAGGUUUUAAAGAAUUGACAGAGUUUCAAUCAUUUUGUAAGCAUCAAUUUUAUACAAAAUGUAUCGAUUACCAAUUGUAGUAAUUAUUUGCCAUUUUAUCUUAAUAAAAACACAGGAGAUAUUUGAAUCGGAUGUGAAUAUGAGAGUUGAUGCAGGAUCGAGGACAUGCAUUUUCGAAAAAGGCAAGUCUGGACAAAUUAUGGAGUUUUUUUAUCAAGUCCUGGACGGUCAACAUGGAGAUUUGGAUAUAUCAGUGGAUGUCUUUAGUCCAAAUGGUGAUAAAAUUAUUUCUGACCAUAAGAAGUCGCAAAAUUCCAUAAUAAUGGAUUUGGAGCAUGAAGGUGAUUAUAUUUUCUGCCUAGACAAUACACAUAGUUUAAUGAAUUCAAAACUUGUAUUUGUAUAUGUGGUAAUAGAAGAAAAAGAUAAAAAAGAAAAGAGUGACGUGAGUGUUAUUGGGGAAGAUGGUGACGAACAUAAAGAGGAGGAAAUUGUUGAAUGGUUUGGUGUAGAUGAAAAUGGUGAAACAUAUGUUAUACCCGUGCCAGUCAUUAUUGACUCUAUAGCACGCACGCUUAACUAUGUGAUACGAGCCCGCCAUAUGUUAGAUAUCUACAGUGCAACAAAAACCCGAGAUGGAUACCUAGCAUUAGAAGACACAUUUAUUGUGGACAUGUGGUCAGCAUGUCAGAUUACUCUCAUGAUUUUUGUUGGGACUUUGCAAGUCUAUAUGAUAAAGAAAUUAUUUAAUGGACAUAGUAAAAUUUAGAAUAAUUAUUAUUUUUGAACUAAUGUCACAGUUAAACAAAUAAAAAGUUUUCAAAUAGCAACAGCAUCUUCCUUUAAAAUCGAAGUUGUAUGGAUACAGUUCUUAGUAGUUAAUAUCACACUAAUUGGUACUGAUAAGUCUAAUGACAUAUUAAUGUCAAAUAUUAAAAAUAAUACUAUCACUAAGUAAGUAUAAUUGAUAAUGAUAAACAUUGGUAUAAUGUGUCUUGGAAUUUGUACUUGCUCAUUAAUAAUGUAUCAAAAUACGGUAUGAGAAUGA